GUUUCUGCAGCAUAUACAGUCCUGGUUGGACAGUACACAUCAUGCAGAGAUUUUUCCUGUGGCCUGGCUAGUGACCCCCCUACAGGAAGAUAACGGACAAGCCGGGAGGGCGGAGCAGCCAGCUACACAUGUCUAGCUGCUGUUAUCAACUUAUCAUAUGAGGAAAGGAAAGUGAUUGAUUCGGAUCCUGACACCGCAGGAUCUGGGGGAAGAGAGACAAAGGAGCAUUGAGGCUGAUCUGUAAGGCGAAUGCAGCCCUCACGAGGGAGCAGGAUUACUCUUCCUCCUGCGAUCUGACAGUUUACUGCGGGACCGGGACCGGGGAGAAGACAGCCUUAGAAAUCAAGGUCACCGCUGGGAAAGGAGGGAAGAGGAGACUUUCACUGAUGGACCCUGAGCCAUGGCCGCAGAGCCCCGUGUCUGAGAGGGCAGCUUAGCGCCCGGGAGUCUCAUGCGCCUUGCAGUUUGCUGAGCUGGGUGGUUUAUUACCGACAGAAAGAAAGAAUGUGGCAGCUUGUUUUCUUUACUCUGAGCUGUGAUCUGGUCCUAGCCGCAGCCUAUAGCAACUUUCGCAAGAGCAUGGACAGCAUCGGGAAGAGGCAGUAUCACGUCCGGCACGGCUCCUGCAGCUACACGUUCCUCCUGCCGGAGACGGACAACUGCCGCUCGCCCCCCAGCGCCUACGUGCCCAACGCCGUGCAGAGGGACGCGCCGCUCGACUACGACGACUCCGUGCAGCGGCUCCAGGUGCUGGAGAACAUCAUGGAGAACAACACCCAGUGGCUCAUGAAGCUUGAGAAUUACAUCCAGGACAACAUGAAGAAGGAAAUGGUGGAGAUACAACAGAACGCAGUGCAGAACCAGACCGCUGUGAUGAUAGAAAUAGGAACCAACCUGCUAAAUCAAACCGCAGAGCAGACCCGGAAGCUAACUGAUGUUGAAGCCCAAGUAUUAAAUCAGACAACAAGACUUGAACUUCAGCUUCUGGAACAUUCCCUAUCUACAAACAAAUUGGAAAAACAGAUUUUGGAUCAGACCAGUGAAAUAAACAAACUGCAAGAUAAGAACAGUUUCCUGGAAAAGAAAGUUCUAGAUAUGGAAGACAAGCACAUAGUCCAACUUCGGUCAAUCAAAGAAGAGAAAGAUCAGCUCCAGGUGUUAGUAUCCAAGCAAAAUUCCAUCAUUGAAGAACUAGAAAAACAAUUGGUGACGGCCACGGUGAAUAACUCAGUUCUGCAAAAGCAGCAACAUGAUCUGAUGGAGACAGUGCAUAAUUUACUGACUAUGAUAUCGACAUCAAACUCAGCUAAGCACUCCCUCAUUGCUAAGGAAGAACAAAUCAUCUUCAGAGAUUGCGCGGAAGCUUUCAAAUCAGGACUGACCACCAGUGGCAUCUACACGCUGACGUUCCCUAACUCCACGGAGGAGAUCAAGGCUUACUGUGACAUGGAAACAGCUGGAGGUGGGUGGACAGUUAUUCAGCGACGUGAAGAUGGCAGUGUUGAUUUUCAGAGGACUUGGAAAGAAUAUAAAGUGGGAUUUGGGAACCCUUCAGGCGAACACUGGCUGGGAAAUGAGUUUGUUUCACAAGUGACUAAUCAGAAACGCUACGUGCUUAAAAUACACCUGAAAGACUGGGAAGGGAAUGAGGCUUACUCGUUGUACGAUCAUUUCUAUCUCUCAAGCGAAGAACUCAAUUACAGGAUUCACCUUAAAGGACUCACGGGGACAGCCGGCAAAAUAAGCAGCAUAAGCCAACCAGGAAAUGAUUUUAGCACAAAGGACGCAGACAACGACAAAUGUAUUUGCAAAUGUUCACAAAUGCUCACAGGAGGCUGGUGGUUUGAUGCCUGUGGUCCUUCCAACCUGAACGGAAUGUACUACCCACAGAGGCAGAACACAAAUAAAUUCAAUGGUAUUAAGUGGUACUACUGGAAAGGGUCCGGCUACUCGCUCAAGGCCACGACCAUGAUGAUCCGCCCAGCAGAUUUCUAAAUGCCUGUGCACACCUGAGGAACGGUGUCUUCCAGUUUUCAAAGACUUAAUCCCAAAGCUCUGGAAGACACAGCUGCAUGCUGCCUCCCUAUCCAGCUCGGACAGACUGCCCGCGCUCCAGACCGAGGGGACCCGCGAGCUCCCAGUUAGAGCCCCAUCAACAUCACCCCUUAAACCCGCAUCACUCAACGAACCGAAGCACAACCCCCAACGAGCCACAGCCUGGCAUGGUGACCUGGUAGAAAGCCUACGGGAAGAUAAAUUUAAGCUUGCGAAUGAGACUGACAAUUUACAGGCUCUGUUGUCACAACCAAGAAUGUUAUGUGUGAGUCGAUCAGUAAAUAACUGGAAAACAGAACACUUAUGCCAUAUAGUAGAGAUAACCUUGGAACUGCAUUCUUCUGAGCACUGUUUAUAGACUGUGUAAAUAUCCAUAUGUCCUGAAUUCAGCACCACUAUCGUAAUUAAAAGGAAGGAAAAAUUCUCGAAGCCAUAAAAAUAUACUAUAUAUUCAGGGAUUUUUAUGAGAAGUGGUUAUUAGCGGUUUAAUAUUUGGAGAAGGAAAAACAUACUUAAUGCAUUUUUACUCCUCCUCGUAGGUGCUUUAAAUUUUCAUUUUGAGAACAGCAUAUUUGCAUAGGCAUUGAUAGGUUAGUUUUAAGUUAAUGCUCAAAUAUAUAUAUUUCAAGUUUCUAUGGUGAAAACUUUCAGGAUCUCUGAAAUUAUUAAUAGAAACGUGUUCUUUUAGUAUAUAUGAAGAUUGUACUAUUUUUUUUCAGCCUCGCUGUUAAAUAUGAAGGGAUUUUUAGUAAUUAAAUAUAACUUAUUAGGUGAGAUGACCGCAUUUAACUUUUAUGAUAUUUACAACAUUGUAACAUGAUUCUGAAACAAAUGAUUGUGCCUUGUGACAAGGAAAAUCUUGACUUUUAAUGAUGAAGAAAAU